AUGUCUGACCAAUCCGUGAAACUCAACAUGCUUAUUCUGCUGGCGUUUCUGCUGCUGUCUUAUGGAGCUGACAAUGUUUGUUGCUCAACUGUUCACCCAAACAUCACAGAUAUUCGCUCGUUGCUCCGAUUCAAAAAGUCCACCAACGACCCAACAGAUGCCUUGAGGAACUGGAACCGAAGCAUCCAUUACUGCAAGUGGAAUGGUGUCAAAUGCAGCAAACUGAAUCUAGGGCGGGUCUUCGCUUUGGAUCUCCCUGGCCAAAGCUUGUCAGGUCAAGUCAACCCUUCUCUUGGGAACAUAACGUUCCUUAAGCGCCUGAAUUUGUCCUCCAAUGGCUUCUCCGGCCAGUUACCUCCUCUGAACCAGUUCCACAAGCUGAUCUCACUUGACCUCAGCUCCAAUUCAUUCCAAGGGAUAAUCACCGAUUCAUUCACAAACUGUUCGAACCUAAAGGGUCUGGAUCUUUCUAGAAACAUGCUACAAGGCCCAAUCCCCGCGAAAAUAGGUUCGCUUUACAAUCUAACACAAAUAGACCUUUCUAAGAAUAAACUCACUGGGGUCAUCCCACCAACAAUCAGCAACGCCACCAAGCUACAAAAACUCAUUCUUCAACAAAAUGAACUAGGGGGAAGCAUACCCCAUGAGCUUGGACAAUUGUCCUCCAUGACCGUCUUUGCUGUUAGUAGCAAUAGGCUCUCAGGUCAAAUACCACCAUCAAUCUUUAAUCUUACUUCGCUUCAAGCUCUAGGCUUGGAUGCAAAUACACUACAAAUGGCGGCACUACCACUUGACAUUGGCGACACCCUUCCUAAUCUCGUACUUUUUACUUUGGGCCAAAACAUGCUUGAAGGUCCUAUCCCAGCGUCGCUGGGCAAUAUUUCAGGCCUACAAGUAAUAGAUUUAUCUAGUAACAGUUUCACCGGAGAAAUUCCUAUUUUCGGAAAGCUACUAAACCUUGUAUACCUAAAUCUUGGGGAAAAUAAGCUUGAGUCAAGUGACAACCAAAGAUGGGAAUCUUUAUAUGGACUGACAAACUGUAGUCUUCUACAAGUGCUGAGAUUCAAGAAUAAUCAGCUGAAAGGUGUCAUACCGAAUUCAGUCGGUAAAUUGUCCCCUCAACUUGAACUUCUACUUCUGGGUGGAAAUAAUCUAUCGGGAAUAAUUCCUUUAAGCCUAGGAAGCCUUGGUGACUUGAUAGAUUUAGAUCUUAGCACAAACAGUUUCAAUGGUACAAUUGAAGGAUGGGUAGGAAGUCUUAAAAAACUACAAUCUCUAAAUCUUCAAGGAAACAACUUCGUUGGGGCCAUUCCACCCUCUUUUGGCAACCUUAACAGGCUAUCAUUAUUGUAUUUGGCAAGAAAUGAAUUUGAAGGUCCCAUACCUCCCAUUUUCGGGAAACUUACACGACUCUCAGCCAUGGACCUUAGCUAUAAUAAUCUCCAAGGUGACAUACCUGCAGAAAUUAGUGGGCUUACACAACUCCGUACUCUGAAUCUUUCAUCUAACAGACUCACAGGAGAAAUUCCUGAUGAUCUGAGCCAGUGUCAAGGCCUGGUAACCAUCCAAAUGGACCAUAAUAACUUGACGGGUAACAUUCCGGCCACUUUUGGUGACCUUACGAGCUUGAACAUGCUCAGCCUUUCCUAUAACGAUUUAUCAGGGGCCAUCCCUGUAAGUCUUCAACUUGUCAGCAAGUUGGACUUGUCUCAUAAUCACCUUCAAGGAGCAAUCCCAACAAAAGGAGUGUUUAGCAAUGCCUCAGCCGUUUCGCUUGAUGGCAAUUCAGAGCUUUGUGGAGGGGUGCCGGAACUACAUAUGCCCCCAUGCCCCGUUGUUUCUCAUCGUGGAACUAAGAUACGAUAUUACUUGAUCAGGGUAUUGAUACCAUUAUUUGGCUUCAUGUCGCUCCUGUUAUUGGUCUACUUUCUAGUCCUCGAGAGAAAAAUGAGAAGAACAAGAUAUGAAUCACAGGCUCCUUUGGGUGAGCAUCUCCCUAAAGUUUCUUACAGUGAUCUGGUUGAAGCAACAAAGAACUUUUCCGAGUCUAACCUGCUUGGGAAAGGAAGCUAUGGUACCGUAUACAGGGGAAAGUUGGUGCAGCACAAGUUGGAAGUGGCAGUGAAGGUUUUUAACCUUGAGAUGCAAGGCGCAGAGAGAAGCUUCAUGUCAGAAUGUGAAGCGCUGAGAACUGUUCAACACCGGAAUCUUGUUUCCAUCAUAACUGCAUGUUCUACUGUUGAUAGCGACGGUAGUGCUUUCAGGGCCCUAAUUUACGAGUUCAUGCCCAAGGGGAACUUGGACACGUUGCUUCAUCACAAGGGGGACGGCAAAGCUGAUAAGCAUCUGACUUUAACUCAAAGAAUAGGCAUAGCUGUCAACAUAGCAGAUGCACUGGACUAUUUACAUAAUGACAGUGAAAACCCCAUCAUCCAUUGUGAUCUGAAGCCCAGCAAUAUUCUUCUUGACGAUGACAUGGUUGCUCAUUUGGGGGAUUUCGGCAUCGCAAGGAUUUUUCUUGAUUCUGGGCCCAGACCAGCAAGCUCGACGAGUUCAAUUGGUGUAAGAGGAACCAUAGGGUAUAUCCCACCAGAAUACGGUGGGGGAGGCCGGAUAUCUACUUCUGGGGAUGUCUAUAGUUUUGGGAUAGUGCUGCUGGAGAUGUUGACUGGCAAAAGGCCAACAGAUCCUAUGUUUACUGAUGGACUGGACAUCGUCAACUUCGUGGGCAGCGAGUUUCCACAUCAAAUACAUGAAGUGAUUGACAUUUAUCUAAAAGGAGAAUGCGAGGAUUCUGCUGAAGCAAGGAGGGUAUCAGAAGAUUCGGUUCAUCAGUGCCUCGUGUCUCUGCUGCAAGUAGCAGUCUCCUGCACGCACUCCAUCCCCAGCGAAAGAGCGAACAUGAGAGAUACAGCUAGCAAGAUCCAAGCAAUUCAGGCUUCAUAUCUUGGAAGGCAAAGAUGA